AUCAAACAUCCAACAUUUCGUUUCAUCAGCUUCUGCUCUGAAAAUUGUUACCCAAUUAGAACCUUAAUCUUCCCCUCUAUGAUUUGCUUCUGUGAGGGACCUCUUAUCUCAUCAACGAUCAAGAUUUUCAUUUUCUUGUUCAAUCGUUCAUGUUUAUUCCUCCAUUUUCACUCCAUCAUUACCCAAUUUAAUCCACACUCAAAUCUCCUCCCACCAAAAUUUCCUUAAUUGGAUUUCUUACUCUCACCAUUUCCUCAACUGGGCACUCUUUUAUUUGUACCCAAAACUUCUCGAUCCAUGAAUGGAUUGAGCUUCAUUUUGUGUUUCUCUGUGGCAUUUUAUCGAACACCUUAAUUACAAUGGCAUCUUUAGGAUCACUUCCUUUUAUUGUCGAAACUAAAACAGACAGUUCUCUUCUUUUCUCUCGGAAAAAUCAACAGAGAUCACCGAAGCUUCGUUCUAUCGCUUACAGGCCUAAAAAGAUUCACAAUUUUGGUGUUUGUAUUGAUGGGGUUUCUCUGAGAUUCAAGUGUGUGAGAGCUAGUGGUGGAGAGGAUAGUGUUAGUGGUGAUGGAUCAGAGGAUAAAAUUCAAGCUACUAUUGAAAAGAGCAAGAAAGUUCUUGCCAUGCAAAAGGACCUACUUCAGCAGAUUGCUGAAAGAAGGAAAUUGGUUUCUGAUAUAAAAAGUAGCAUUAUUGACCAAGAAGUGGAUAGAACAUCUAAUGACCAGAUGGAGAGUACUUUGCCAAAUUCAGACAAUGCUUCAACUAGUAUGCCUAAUUUUGAGCAGCAAAUUGGCAGCACUUCCAAAAGUCAGUAUAUCCCUUCACCUGCAGAUGCAGAACCAGAAUCUACAUCUUCAGCUAUAAGUGAAGGUUAUGGUGAAGGCAGAAAGAAACUUGAACAGAAUGAAUCUCCUAAAAUAGCUUCCUCUGCUAAGAAUUAUACCAAACAGGUAAAAGAGGCAAGAUCAGCAAAAGCUGAGGUGACUUCAGAGAAAGUUUGGUCAGAUGAGCUGCCAUCUUUCCUUUUAAAUAGAGAAACUUCCACGUUUAAUGAUGAAAAGACUGAAAGUUCAAAUGAAUCAUCCUUACCUGGAAUUUACUCCAUUGAAAAUGAUCCUAAGACUGAAGAGUCAAAACCCCCACCUUUGGCUGGGACCAAUGUCAUGAAUGUUAUAUUGGUAGCUGCAGAAUGUGCACCAUGGAAAAAAACAGGUGGCCUCGGAGAUGUUGCUGGAUCCCUACCAAAGGCUUUAGCUAGGCGUGGACAUCGUGUUAUGGUUGUAGUACCUCGGUAUGGUAACUAUGCCGAACCUCAAGAUACUGGAGUCAGAAAGAGGUAUAAGGUGGAUGGUCAGGAUUUUGAAGUAUCAUAUUUUCAUGCCUAUAUUGAUGGUGUGGACUUUGUCUUCCUUGACAGUCCUAUGUUCCGCCACAUAGAGAGUAAUAUAUAUGGUGGAAACAGAGUGGAUAUUUUAAAGCGCAUGGUAUUAUUUUGCAAAGCAGCUAUUGAGGUCCCUUGGCAUGUUCCAUGUGGCGGAAUCUGCUAUGGUGAUGGAAAUUUGGCUUUUAUUGCAAAUGAUUGGCACACGGCAUUGUUACCUGUGUAUCUGAAGGCAUACUAUCGUGACAAUGGCUUCAUGCAAUAUACUAGAUCCAUUCUUGUAAUCCAUAACAUCGCUCACCAGGGCCGGGGGCCAGUGGAUGAUUUCUUCUAUGCGGAUCUACCAGAACACUACCUUGAUCUUUUCAAAUUGCACGACCCAAUUGGAGGUGAUCAUUUCAAUAUCUUUGCAGCUGGUCUUAGAACAGCAGAUCGAGUGGUUACCGUUAGUAGUGGAUAUGCAUGGGAAGUGAAAACAUCUGAAGGCGGUUGGGGUCUGCACAAUAUCAUAAAUGAGAUUGAUUGGAAAUUCAAUGGCAUUGUUAAUGGGAUUGAUACAAAAGAAUGGAACCCACUUUGUGAUGUUCACCUGAAAUCCGAUGGUUAUACUAACUACUCACCGGAAACACUUGAUAUCGGCAAGCCACAGUGCAAAGCAGCCUUACAGAAGGAGCUCGGUUUGCCUGUACGCCCAGAUGUCCCUUUUAUCGGGUUCAUUGGAAGAUUGGAUGAUCAGAAAGGUGUUGAUCUCAUAGCUGAGGCAAUUCCGUGGAUGAUGGGGCAGGACGUGCAGCUAGUCAUGUUAGGCACCGGGAGACCCGACUUGGAGCAGAUGCUCAGGCAAUUUGAAAACCAGCAUCAUGACAAAGUGAGGGGAUGGGUUGGCUUCUCCGUCAAGACAGCUCACAGGAUAACCGCCGGUGUGGAUAUUUUGCUAAUGCCGUCAAGAUUUGAACCUUGCGGGCUAAACCAAUUAUACGCUAUGAUGUACGGGACAGUUCCUGUUGUACACGGUGUUGGAGGACUACGAGAUACGGUUCAACCUUUCGAUCCUUUCAACGAGUCAGGGCUAGGUUGGACAUUUGAUGGUGCUGAAGCAAAUAAGUUGAUACAUGCUUUAGGGAACUGCUUGUUCACUUACAGAGACUAUAAGAAGAGUUGGGAAGGAUUGCAGAGACGAGGGAUGAUGCAAGAUCUCAGCUGGGACCAUGCCGCCCAGAAAUAUGAGGAGGUCCUUGUUGCUGCCAAGUACCAGUGGUGAGGGUCGAUGAUGAUUAUCUGCGCUUCUUAGCCUAAUAGACCAGUUUUUGAAAAUACAUGGAUACAGUUGAAAGAUGUUUGGUCUGCAUGAGGCUACCAAAGGUAGGGAUGUGCAAAAAUCUAUUGAAAUCAAAACAAUUGAACAGAUAAAGCUUUUUUUUGGUUCAGUUUGGUUUCGGACGUAAAUAUAUUUUGUUAAACUGAAGUUCAAAUCGAACCGAAUCAAGUAAAUCAACUGAAUUGGUUUGGAAAAAAAAAAUUAUAUCCUUCUAGUUUGGUUUUGUUCGAUUUAAGAGAAAAACAAAUUUUGAUUUGAUUUGGUUCGGUUUGAAUUAAAUGCACAUCCCUAACCCAAGGUCAUCUGCAACAGCAUUGCUAGAAUCAGUCUUCUUUUUGUCAUCUACUUAUGUAGAUUGACUCAAGAGUCCUUGGGCAUUCAACAAGUUUUUUUUUUUUUU